AGAGAAAAUAAAUAUAAAGAAUAAAUAUAGAGAAUAAAGAGAGAAAAUAAAUAUAGAGAAUAAAUAUAGAGAAUAAAGAGAGAGAAUAAAGAGAGAAAAUAAAUAUAAAGAAUAAAUAGAGAGAAUAAAGAGAGAGAUUAAAUCGUGAGAAUAAAGAGAGAGAUUGAAGAGAGGCUGGUGAGGGAACGACUGUUUAUAGCUGCAGUAACGUAAGCGAGAACAGGAAGGAACUUUUGAAUUUUCUGGACAUUCCAUAAUGUUAAAUGUAACUAUAACGUACGGGGGGAAAAGUAUGUACCAUACGUUAAUAAAUAAACAAAUUAUAGGCGAAUUGUCGACUCAUUGCUGUAAGAGGAAUGAAACACUCAGGGGCGUGCAGUUGGAGGAAAAUAAUCAACUUUCGGGUGGUAAGGGUAGCUCCGCUUCGUCACACCACCCCGACACUGAUUAUUUGGUGAUAGAACUGUUCGCACUUAAACUGUGCGUUUUUAGUAUUUCAUGUCAUUUGUGCGGAUUUGUUGGCACAGAUCUGGCAACCCUGACUGCAGUGUACUUGAUUAGUAAAAUGUAGAGAUUAUUAAACACUAACCAACACAUCUAACGCCAUCUUGGGGAGGUUUCUUUUGUAUUUUGUGUAGUUUUUUUUGCACAGUCUAGCUUUAGACACUGAAGAUGUCUUGAUGGAAAUGUUCCAUUAAAGUGAGCUCACUGCACUGGUGUGUUGGUGCUGGAUGUCAGUUUUGGAUGUUGGUCUAUCAGUCCUGCGUGUGCAGUUGUUUUCACUAAAAGACUAAUUGUGUGUUGAGCAGGUGGAGCUCGCACUGGGUUUCCUUGGUGACUCUGGUUUCCAUGGUUACCUGGAAUCUUGCGGUGUUUUAUUUCGGUGUGUGUCGGGGGCCCCAGUGGAAAAGUACACCUUAUAAAUUCGCAUAUCUUCACUUCCAUCGCCGGCGAUGAAGCGUACAAAUGCGCGUGAGCCGUCACAAGAAGAAGUUCCAGAACCCGGGCUCCAUGGACCUUUGCAUCACCAUUAAAGGAGUUUCGUUCCUCCUGCAGACGGGGCUGGGAAUUCUGGGUAAUGCAUCCGUGCUGAUGGCGUACGCUCAUAUGGCUUUCGUAGAGCCUCGCCUGCAGCCCGUGGACAGAAUCCUGGCUCACCUGGCCUUCAGCAACCUGCUGCUACUACUGACGCGUGGCGUGCCACAGACCAUGGUCAUCUUCGGCCUGCACAACCUGCUGAACGAUCCGGGCUGCAAAGUGGUGAUCUACGCCUACCGCAUCCACCGCGCCCUCUCUGUCUGCCUCACCAGCAUGCUGAGUGUCUUCCAAGCGCUGACCAUCACGCCGUCAGCCGGGCCGUACCUGACCAGACUGAAAUCUCGUCUCCCGCAGCUGGUCGUGCCCACCUUCGUAGGGCUGUGGCUCCUCAACAUGGUCGUCUGCACCGGCGCUGCGCUUUUCGCCUUGGCACCUCGGAACGGCACCGUGCCUGCCUUCACCCUUAACCUCGGCUUCUGCCACGUCGACUUCCGUGACAACUUGUCGUACGUGGUGAACGGCGCGGCACUCUCGACGCGAGACUUCACCUUCGUGGCCAUCAUGCUGGCGUCCAGCGGCUACAUCCUAGUCUUCCUGCACAAACACAGCAGACAAGUCAGGUCCAUCCGACGCGCUCAGCAAGGAACCUCCAUGGAGCUGCGGGCGGCUAAGACCGUCGUCAUGCUGGUGGUGCUGUACACCGUAUUCUUCGGCAUCGACAACGUGAUCUGGAUCUACAUGCUGACGGUGGCUCAGGUCCCGGCCGUUGUGGCGGACAUGAGAGUGUUUUUCUCAUCGUGCUAUGCCACAUUCAGUCCUUUCCUCAUGAUAAGCACCAAUAAGAAGAUAAAGGAGAGGAUGAUGUGUGCGGCUGGAGAACAGUCGGCCGAGGACUCCAUCGAGAAACCAAGCAAAUAAAUAAAUAAACGUUCUUUUUUUCUUACACGUUCAAAUUGUGACACUAGACGACAUAUAUUUUAGUAUUCUUGAUAUAUUAUGCAUUGUUAUUAUCGUGCUAAGGUUGCUACAAUAAAGAAAAAAAAUAUUUUGUGCCGUUUGUACUGACUUUUAUUUUGUUGCCUAAACGGCUGCCAUUUUGUACGAGUCCUUUUUACUUUUAAACUUACUGAUAAUUCUACAAAACUAACCAG